UUGAAUUUCCAGCAGUCCUGUUGAGCACUUCAACAGGAGAGAUUGAAUCUGAAUUUCACACGUAUGUCCAGCCUCAGGAGCAUCCUAUUCUCUCUGAAUUUUGUACAGAACUAACUGGCAUAACGCAGAAUCAGGUUGAUGAAGGGGUCCCUCUAAACAUUUGUUUAUCGCAGUUUUUGAAAUGGAUUCAAAAGAUACAAAAGGAGAAGAAAAUUAUAUUCAGUUCAGAUAUUCCAAGUCAUUCUACUUCAGAGGCAAAACCAUGUACCUUUGUUACUUGGACAGACUGGGACCUGGGUGUGUGCUUGCAGUAUGAGUGUAAAAGGAAGCAGUUGCGAAAACCUGACAUUUUCAAUUCCUGGAUUGAUCUCAAAGCAACAUACAGGGCCUUCUAUAAUAGGAAGCCUAAAGGGCUAAGCGGUGCCCUGCAGGAUUUGGGGAUAGCUUUUGCAGGACGGGAACAUUCUGGUUUGGAUGAUUCUCGGAAUACUGCCCGUCUUGCUUGGAGGCUGAUUUGUGAUGGAUGUGUGCUGAAGGUUACUAAAUCUUUGGAUAAGGUUAGUAACUACUUCUUAUCUUUCCUUCUACUUGCUUUGACUCCACAGGAAAGUAACAGUAGACCUGAAACAUUUAGAGAUGGAACUUGUGAAAUAAAUUCUCUGGCCGAGAAAAACCACAAGUGUGUCGCUGGGAUUCAGAUAAAUUCUAAUGUACAAACUGAAGAACAACAGACCACUUGCAUUGGUUCUUCUGCAGAUGUCCACAUCGUACCUAGCAGCAGCUCAAGGACAGAGUUACAUGCUCAAGCCCGAAGCUCUUUAACAGCAUCCACUGGCAGAUUGCCUGUUCCUCUUGAGCAGGCACAGCAAUCUCACAGUACUGUGUCAACAGGCAUUGAGCAAGGAUUGAACAAAGGGCAACCUCUGAGUAUAGCCAGAUCUAGCUGUACUAGAUCUCCAGUACACCCACCAGGACUAGUGCUUGUCGCCACUACUAUCGCCUCAGUUAGUAUCUCCAAUGAAGAUGUCAGUACUAGUUCUGAUUGCUUAUCUCUGCUGACUGACUGGGAAGAUGUCGCUUUAAUACCAGAAUCUCAAUAUGAACAAAAUUCAGACUGUGUUCAAGUCAAAGAUGACUCGAGUACUGAUGUUUUAACAGUGUUUGAAGAGAAAACAAUUCUGAAACAAUCGGCUGUCAUGAGUUCAGAUAAUCAGAGUUUGGAGAAAACCAUAGUACCUGUGGAACCUCUGAAAUCUAUCAUUUACAAAAGUCCUGAUACUACUAUCUAUAAUGUAGGGACAGUACAAAGGCAGACUUCAAAUUUUGCAGCUUUUAAGUUACCAUCUGCAAAGGUAAAUGCUGCUUCAGCACAAUCUGCAUUAACUGGAAAUUAUUCUACUCCUUCAGAGGUUCCUAAAAGAAAGCCAACUAGUCCAAAAACAUUUCCACCAGCAAAAAAACAGUCUUUUGCUAUAUAUCAAGACAAAAUGGCAUCUUCUGAUCAUUCCUUUCCUUUAAGAAGUUCAAAUUUGCCCAAAGCAUCUCCUGCCAUUCUGAACUCCACAGUCAAUUUGAAUCUGUCUGUAAGAGCUGUAAAAAAUGGAAAACCAACUCCCCCUCUGUGUAAUUGUGGUCGAAGAGCUAAAAAACUGCAUGUGUCAAAUGCUGGUCCAAAUCAUGGCAAAGCAUUUUUUUGUUGUCCUGUUGGCAAGCAUGAAGGUAGUAAGAAAGGUUGUGGAUACUUCAAGUGGGAAUAUGCACUUCUAAAAGACAAAUCUAAUGGUCUUACCCUGAAUGCAGAUGCUUUGACCUCUCUUGGGUCUUACGCUAGUAAUUUAGGAAAUUCUUCCAACAAAAAAUAUUUGUGUCUUAGACCCUCUAUGAGAACUUGA